AUGUUUCAGUCAUCGAAACCCUACUCGGCCGUGACCGUACAAAUAGAGGUCUUGACAAGCGAACAAUAUGAGGUGGAAGACUGGAGUGGUAUCGUCGAUCUAGUCGAGGUUGUUCGCAUCCAGGCGAGUGGCCCGACUGAAGCUAGUCGGGCACUGCGCAAGAAGCUUAAAUACGGAAACCUACACCGACAACUGCGAGCCCUGACCAUCCUCGACUUUCUCAUUCAGAACGCCGGCGAUCGCUUCCUCCGCGAGUUUGCUGAUGAGCCACUCCUUGAACGUCUUCGAAUCGCGGGUACAGACUCGGUCUCGGAUCCCUUAGUGAAGCAGAAAUGCAAGGUCCUCUUCGGUCAAUGGGCGGUCACUUAUAAAGACACUGCAGGCAUGUCCAAGAUCGCUGCCCUAUACAAGCAGCUUCCGAAACGGAAACAGCCAGCAACACAGGCCAAGGCCAAGGUUCUUCGUGACGGGGCGAACCACAAUGAGCCCCCAAUGGGUCACACAGUAUCUGUCUCCGCGGGCAAUGGACCAUCGACGACACUGAGCAGCCCCAAGCAGAAGUCGAAAUCGAAGAAGGAUAGGAAAGACAAGAAGUUGUCGGUUAGCAAGAACUUCAACUUGGAAAAAGAGCGCCCGGAGAUUCUACAGACACUCGCUUCGGCCUCGGUGGCCAGUACAAAUUUGCUGAAUGCACUCAAGCUGGUUAACCGUGAAACCACCCGUGUUAGCGAGGACGCCGAGUGCAUCAGCCGAUUUGAGAUCUGCAAGAAGCUCCGGCACCAAAUUCUACGCUAUAUCCAGCAUAUCGAGAGCGAGGAGUUCUUGGGCGGUCUCAUUCACGCCAAUGAGGAGCUCGUGGAGGCAUUGAUGGCCUACGAAGUUUUGGACAAGAGUUACGAUUAUGACAGUGAUAGUGAUGAUGAUGUUCUAUCGGGUAAUUGGAGGUCCAGAGCGGAGAUUGAGGACGAGAUGGGUGAAAGCUUUAAUGGCUUGAGCGUUAAUCCCGCUAAACCCCCACGGCCUGUGGCUUCUUCGUCUCGACACGUUCUUGAGAGUGAGAGUGAGAGUGAAAGCGAGUCUGAAGAGGAGGACGAAGAUAACCCGUUUGGAAACCACAAUGCGAUCAAGACCCCUGGCGUUGAGAAGGCUGGUCAUACCUGGAAGGAGGUAUAA